UCUCGUUUGUCAUUUCCAGACUCGAGAUUUCGAGGUGAAGGCGAAUGGACUCUUUCACCAUGGCGCAACCGCCCCAGUCGCCAGGCCGACUAACCACGCCUCUCAAUCCCAUGGCAGCGCCCUUCCACCCCGCAGCCCCCGCAGCCCCCGCAGCUCCCGAAUUCCAACCGCCUAGAAGUAUCGAGGACGCUCUAGUAGAGACGGGUCCUAUCGGAGAAUCACCAUUUCGACAAUCCGAGACUAUGCGCCCUACCUUCCCAGGUAUUCCAGCUCUCCAGCCGUUCCGCCUAGAGGACCUUCUCCCCGCUCCAGAGCCCGCUUCGCAGUCAUGGCCGGAGGGUCUAGAAGCACGCUCGAGGACCGCGAGACCGCAGCAAGCGGCGGUUGAAUCUUCAGACGAGAACGAACCGGGGUUUAGCAGCAAACCAGAAGAUCGAAAAGUCGAGGUGAAUACCACGGAGAGGCGGCUAGGAUCCGGUCUCAGUGAGAUAAUGCAGCAAGACCCACUAGCCGAAAGUGUCGCUAGCAAGAGCGAGGAAACGGUUGCCAGUUCCGAGAAUACUGGUCUGCUGUUUCCGCUAAACACACGCGCUCAGGGUCUCGAUGAUAUGCUGGUUCAGCAGGCCCUCGAGCGGUCGCUGACCGCCAAAGAUCUAGCCCAACUUCUCCAAGGGAACAUCGAUAGCAGCGCCGCUCGCCAUAUGUCUACCGAGUCAAUCAUUACUAAGUCCGAGGAUUCCGACGAGACAGUCACGCCGCAUUCAAAGCAACGUUCUCAGCAGAACACCAACAGUCGUUCGGAAGUCCGACGCCCUCCACCAGGCUUUGCCUCCUCGUCGCAUCAACCGCCGAUGAGCCUAUACAAUCCCACCAGCUUCUUCCCGCCGCAGCACCUUCCUCCAUGGCAGCCGAUGCUGCAGCAAGCAAUACUACAGCAGCCGAUGCUACAGCAGCCGAUACCACAGCAGUCUAUGCUUCAACAGCCAAUGCAGCAGCCGUCGAUGCCACAGCAGUCGAUGCUACAGCAACCAAUGCUACAGCACCAAACUCCACAGCGCCAGAUGUUUACGACGCCUCCUGCGCCUACGUCUACUGGCGGCAUGCUUAGCGGCUCUCACCACACGCACCGUCCAUCCCAUGGCAGUCCUGGCAUGAGCAAUAGCCCCUCUAGACUACCGCCGCGCGAUCGCCGUGUCUCCGGAACGCAGCCCCGCGCUCCUCGAACAAAGCGAAUGGACCAGGGACCACUGCCCUCGAGCGCUGACAUCUAUCCAGAUGAUGCUUCUCCUCCAGCAGCACCCCUACCGAGAGCAGGUAUGUUAUACGAGAAUGCAUAUCUUGGACGCGAACUUGAGCAGGACCAGCAAGAAGACGCUCUGCGCGUGGAGGAUCACGCGGAAUGGCCCACACCAGCAGAAGUGUUCAAGGCUGACAGACCAGCUGGUUCCGCGCGUAUGCGCCAGAAGGCUCCCACUCAACCCACUCCUGUGCGCCAGGCUGCCCCCGCUCAACCCGCUCCGACGCGCCAGGUUGCUCCCACUCAACUCGCUCCGAUGCGCCAGGCUGCUCCCGCUCAUCACGCUCCGAUGCAACUUCCGAUGCGCCAGGUUGUUCCUACUCAACCCGCUCCGAUACGCCAGGCUGCUCCCGCUCAUCACGCUCCGAUGCUCCAGACUGCUCCCGCUUAUCACGCUCUCAUGCGCCAGGUUGCUCCCACUCAACCCGAUUUGAUGCGCCAGGCUGCUCCCGCUUAUCACGCUCUGAUGCGCCAGGUUGCUCCCACUCAACACGCUCCUAUGCGCCAGGAUGCGCUCAUGCAACCCGCUGCUACGCGCCAGGAUAUGCCCAUCCGACCCGGACCGGAGACUUACGCCCUAGGUGGACAAGAGCCGAUCAGUGGCGAGGCGCCUUCUUCGUACAAUCCAUCGCCCGCGCGCAAUCCAUCGCCUUCAAUAAGCGAUCUCGUCAAUGCCGGUCGCACCGACGAGCUGGUCUGCGACAGACGGUCGCUCACGCCGGGUCAAAAGGACGGCACAAGGUAUGGAGUGAUGCUCAACGGCAUCGGAAUGGGUCAUUCUUGGGCCCCGCCAGCUGCUUCUGAGUCCGAGCCGUUUAGGGUGCGCCCGAGAAACCAUGAAGGGUGGGGCAGUUGGGAGUGGGCGAUAAGGACUGGAUGGGCGGAUGAAUGAGGCGCCAUUGCUAUAAAUCGGCGCUAGUUGGCGAUGAGUAUUGAGGUCUUAUGGCAAAAUAGAUAUUUCUAAGAGACGGAAUACGGCUGAUCUGGUUGGACUGAGUCGAGCUACCGGAUCAGGAUUGCAGAUGAGUACGACCAUUCUUCACCAAUUCCACGGUGGGUAAUCAUCAUUCUUCGCCUCGAA